CAGGGUGACAGUGUGAGGCUCUGUCUCAAAAAAAAAAAAAAAUAGCCGGGGCGUUGUGGUGGGCACCUGUAGUCCCAGCCACUCUGGAGGCUGAGACAGUAGAAUUGCUUGAGCCCAAAAGUUUGAGGUUGCUGUGAGCUGUAAUGCCACGGCACUCUAGAAAUAAACAAAAUAAAGUCUUCUGAAGUUCCUGAUGUACAUGAAAUUGGGGGGACCCUAUUCAACUUACUAUAAGGACUAUGGCUUUCCUUGCCUCCAGCACUGACACUUGCCUCCCACACGCCCUGCAAACCUAAUCUCUCCUAGAAUGACCCCUAUUGUCAAUUUGGAACAUCUCUUCCUCCUGUGCAACAUACGUACAUGCAGGCAGAAUUAUCUGUAGGGAACCCCCUGGGAGAGCAGGGUCCCUGGAAGGCCAAGGGUGUGAGAGGAAAUGGUGGUUCUCAAAUGUGCCAUUCUGCCCUCCAGCCAAGGGACAUUUGACAAUGUCUGAGGACAUUUUUGUUUUCAUGACUUAGGGUUGCGUGUGUGCACCUGGCAUCUAGUGAGUAGAGCUCAGGCAUGCCACUCAACACACUACAGUGCCCAGGACAGUCCCACCCCAGAGAACAACCCAGCCUUAGUCAGUAGUAGCAAGAAACCUGGGCGUGCAUGAUGUGUUUCUUCAGAGCUGAGGGUUGGCACUCACUCUGUGCCAGGCACUCCACUAAGUGCUUUUCCCACAGUUGUCACUUUCUUGUCUUCACAACAAUCCCAGGAGGUAGAUACUAUUGUUAUUCCCAUUUCACUGAGGCAGAGAGUUUAGUGACUUGCCUAAGGAAACACAAUGAGAAACCAAGCUGAGACUUGAGCUCUGGCAGACUGCUUUCCUAUAUAUGGUUUUGCAGCUUUUUUUUUUUGCAGUUUUUGGCCAGGGCCAGGCUUGAACCCACCACCUCCGGCAUAUAGGGCCAGCACCCUACUCCUUUGAGCCACAGGUUCCGCCUGCAGCUUGUUUUUUUUUUUUUUCAGUUUGGUAAUAUAUUGUGGCCAUCUUUCCAUGUGUCUCAGCUCUUCUACCCCCCCACUUUUUUUUUUUUUUUGUAGAGACAGGUCUCACUUUAUCACCCUCAGUAGAGUGCUGUGGCAUCACAGCUCACAGCAACCUCCGACUCCUGGGCUUAGGCGAUUCUCUUGCCUCAGCCUCCCAAGUAGCUGGGACUACAGGCGCCCGCCACAACGCCGGCUAUUUUUUGGUUGCGGUUUGGCCGGGGCCGGGUUUGAACCUGCCACCCUUGGUAUAUGGGGCUGGCGCCUUACUGACUGAGCCACAGGGACUGCCCUCCUCCCUUUUAUUUUCUUUUCAUUUAAUUAAUUUAUUUGAGAAAGAGUCUCACUCUGUCACCUGGGUAGAGUGCCAUGCAUUAUAGCUCACAGCAAGUGGGCUCAAGUGAUCCUCCUGCCUCAGGCUCCUCAGAAGCUAAGACUGUAGGUGCCUGCCAGGACAUCUGGCUACUUUUUCUAUUUUUAUUAGAGACGGGGUCUCACUCUUGUUCCAGCUGGUCUAGAACUCCUGAGCUCAAGCAAUUCAACUGCCCUGGCCUCCCAGAGCAGUAGGACUACAGGCAUGAGCUACCACACCCCACCUUUCCCUUUCUUUUUUUUUGCAGUUUUUGGCCAGGGCCGUGUUUGAACCCGCCACCUCCAGUAUAUGGGGCUGGCACCCUCCUCCUUGAGCCACAGGAGCUGCCCUCUUUUUUUUUUGAGGCAGAGUCUUACUAUGUCACCCUCAGUAGAGUGCCAUGGCGUCACAACUCAUAGCAACCUCAAACUCUUGGGCUUAAGUGAUUCUCUUCCCUCAGCCUCCCAAGUAGCUGGGACUAUAGGCCCCUGCCACAAUACUUGGCUAUUUUUUUUAUCAUAGUUAUCAUUGUUGUUUUAGCUGGCCCAGGCCGGGUUCAAACCUGCCAGCCUUGGUGUAUGUAGCUAGCACCCUACCCACUGAGCUAUGGGCACUGCUCCUCCCUUUCUUUCUUUUUUUUUUUUGAGACAGAGCCUCAAGCUGUCGCCCUGGGUAGAGUGCUGUGGCAUCACAGCUCACAGCGACCUCUAACUCCUGGGCUCAAGUGAUUCUCCAGCCUCUGCCUCCCAAAUAGCUGGGACUACAAGUGCCCACCACAACGCCCAGCUAUGUUUUGGUUGUAGUCAUCAUUAUUGUUUGGCGGGCCGAACUGGAUUCAAACCAGCCAGCUCUGGUAUAUGUGGCUGGUGCCUUAGCUACUUGAGCCACAGGCGCUGAGCCUGCUCCCUUUCCUUUUAAAUGGCUGAGUGGUCUUCCCUUUUGGGGUUGUGUGCACUUUAUUUCCUGACUCCCACUGUGCUGUGUGUGACUGCCAUUCCUUGUGUGUCCUUGUACGCAUUCAGGGAGCUCCAUAAGCUGAAUUUCUUUACUUGUCUGGUAAAUCGGGCUUCAACAUUAGAUCUUGAAGGGGUUCUGCAACUGGAGUGUUUGAGAUAUCCCUGCUUGUGAGUCUUCUUGUACAGGUGGAGAGGCUGAAACCUAGGGAAGCGGAAAAGCUGCCUGCAGAUGAUGCAGAGUGUGUCAUCAUCACCUCCUGAGAGUCUGGUGGAGGAAGAGCGAUCAAAUGGCCCCGGUAGCAAUGGGAAGCAGAGAGCAGAGGAAAAGGAUCUGCCAGGACCUUAUGAAAGCGAUGAAGAUAAGAGUGACUACAACCUGGUAGUGGAUGAGGACCAACCCUCAGAGCCCCCCAGCCCAGCCACUACCCCCUGUGGAAAGGUGCCCAUCUGUGUUACCACCCGUCGGGACCUCGUGGACAGUCCAGCAUCCUUGGCCUCCAGCCUGGGCUCACCACCCCCCAGAGCCAAGGAGCUUGUCCUGAAUGACCUUCCCACCAGCACUCCUGCCUCCAAGUCCUGUGACUCUCCGCCCCAGGAUGCAUCUACACCCGGGCCCAGCUCAGCCAGUCACCUCUGCCAGCUCACUGCCAAGCCAACGCCCUCCACAGACAGCAUUGCCCUGAGGAAUCCCCUGACUCUGUCCAGUCCCUUCACCACGUCCUUCAACCUAGGCUCCCACAGCACCCUCAACGGGGACCUCUCUGUGCCUAGCUCCUACGUCAGCCUCCACCUGUCCCCCCAGGUCAGCAGCUCUGUGGUGUAUGGACGCUCCCCCAUGAUGGCAUUUGAAUCACACCCACAUCUUCGAGGGUCGUCCAUCUCUUCCUCCCUGCCCAGCAUCCCUGGGGGAAAGCCGGCCUACUCCUUCCAUGUGUCCGCUGACGGGCAGAUGCAGCCUGUGCCCUUCCCCUCCGACGCUCUGGUGGGCGCAGGCAUCCCGCGGCACGCCCGGCAGCUGCACACCCUGGCGCACGGCGAGGUGGUCUGCGCGGUCACCAUCAGCGGCUCCACGCAGCAUGUGUACACGGGCGGCAAGGGCUGCGUGAAAGUGUGGGACGUGGGCCAGCCUGGCGCCAAGACGCCGGUGGCCCAGCUGGACUGCCUGAACCGAGACAACUAUAUUCGUUCCUGCAAGUUGCUGCCUGAUGGCCGGAGUCUGAUCGUAGGGGGCGAGGCCAGCACCUUGUCCAUUUGGGACUUGGCGGCACCCACCCCCCGCAUCAAGGCCGAGCUGACCUCCUCAGCCCCGGCCUGCUAUGCCCUGGCGGUCAGCCCUGACGCCAAGGUCUGCUUUUCCUGCUGCAGCGAUGGCAACAUUGUGGUCUGGGACUUGCAAAACCAGACUAUGGUCAGGCAGUUCCAGGGUCACACAGACGGUGCCAGCUGCAUCGACAUUUCUGAUUAUGGCACUCGGCUCUGGACAGGGGGCCUGGACAACACCGUGCGCUGCUGGGACUUGCGCGAGGGCCGCCAGCUGCAGCAGCACGACUUCAGCUCCCAGAUUUUUUCCUUGGGCCACUGCCCCAACCAGGACUGGCUGGCUGUCGGGAUGGAGAGCAGCAAUGUGGAGAUCUUGCACGUCCGCAAGCCAGAGAAGUACCAGCUGCACCUGCACGAGAGCUGUGUGCUCUCCCUCAAGUUUGCGUCCUGCGGGCGGUGGUUUGUGAGCACCGGGAAGGACAACCUGCUCAAUGCCUGGAGGACGCCGUAUGGGGCCAGCAUCUUCCAGUCUAAGGAAUCCUCCUCAGUCCUGAGCUGCGACAUCUCCAAGAAUAACAAAUAUAUCGUGACAGGCUCGGGGGACAAGAAGGCCACCGUGUACGAGGUGGUCUACUGAGAACUCCUCUUCCUACAUGCCCAGCCUGACUCAUGGGGGAGAGGGAAUCCUGGACAGAGCCAGCAGCUCCCUCUCCAGCCAUGCUUGUGAGCGUUAAGUCCCAUGUGCUGUACGGCUACCUCCCACCUUCCUUGCUGGGUAUGUGGCUAAGGGGCAAGGGGUGUUGGGGGAAAUAAAGGUAUUU